AUGGCAAUUGAAAAUGGUAUAUUUGUUCUUUUCUUUCGUUUCUUUUUUGUCGGAAGAAGACAUGUCAGGAGGUACGAAAUCGAACUUGAUCUUAUUUGUCCAGAAAUUGAUGUGGAUGAUUUUUCAUCCGUGGCAAAAACAAAUCACAAUGAACAUAGUGACAUUGAAGAUGAUCAAGUAAUCGAACAGGUCGAAGAUCUUCCGCCAACUACGAAUCUUGAAACUCAAAUAUCUAGUGAAAGUCUCCCUCCACAAAACACGAAUCAACAUGAAGAAUCAAUCGAUUCUCAAUCAAAUCCUACUCAAAUCGACAAACCAGAAGAAACUGAAGACUUUCAAUCGACAAUAGCAGAUGCAAUACCACAACCUCCAAUCGAAGAGCAGACUAUUCCAAUUAACAAUGAAAAAGAUCUAGCUGCAUUGAAUACUAUAUUUCAUGAUACGGUUUACUUUUUGAUCAAAAGCGGAAACGAAGAAAAUGUUUCGUUGGCGAAAGCUAAGGGUGUUUGGUCUACACCGCCAGCCAAUGAAAAUAAAUUGAAUCGAGCCUUUCGAGGCCAUCAAAAUGUCAUUUUGAUCUUUUCAGUCGCUGAGAGUAAAGCAUUUCAAGGUUUUGCUCGAAUGUCAGGUGAAGCUCGACACGAUAGUCAGCCAAUCAAUUGGGUCUUACCUCCUGGCAUGAGUAAUCGAGCAUUUUCAGGUGUUAUUCAUAUUGAUUGGAUUUCUCGACGAAGUUUACCAUUCAAUCAAACUCUUCAUUUAUUCAAUUCAUGGAAUGACAAUAAACCUGUUAAAAUUGGUCGGGACGGACAGGAAAUCGAACCACGUUGUGCGGAAGCUUUAUGUCGUUCAUUUCCACCCGAUCCAACGAUUGACAUUAUCUCAAUUUCGAAAAAAUCGGAGAAACAUCGUCUAUCUUAUUCACCAUUAUCAAGCAAUCCAUCCAAAGAUUCGAGUCACCAUCAUUACUCGUCGUCUCAUCGUGCAAACAAUUCGUUUGAUAGUCAUAGACAUCAUCGGUCAAGAAGUCGAGAACGAGACAGUACAGAUUCACAUCGAAAACGACGACAUCGAUCAACAUCCUCGCAUUCUGAUCAUGGCAAUCAACGUAGUUCAAGUCGCAAGCGUUCACAUCAUAGUAAAGAAAAAUCUUCAUCGACAAAUCCUGUCGAUUCAACAAUGUCACAUAUUAUGGCUAAUGGCACAUACGAAGAGUACAUGAAAUAUAUGUACGAAACUCAAACGCAAUACGCUGGGUAUCCACCACCUAUGCUUCCUCCUGCUUAUCCAAUGGGUUAUGACACAUCUAGUUAUUAUCCGAUGGGAUUUGAUCCUCACAGCAUGCAUGGGGCUCCUUAUGGUGAUCCGACAAAUAUGUACUUGCCUACGCCGGUACUGUCGUCGUCUGUAUCUCACAAUCCAUCGGAAUAUGAACAAGAAAUCAAUGCUUUCCUUCGACAUACCACAUCAUCGUCUUCACAUAAAGAAAAUGAUAGUCUGAGUAAAUCACAUCGAAGCCAUUAUCAUCAUAAGACGUCAUCGUCGUCAUCCUCUCGGCAUCGUUCGAAAUCUCGUGAACGACGUCGUUAA